UUUUGGAGUUUUUGACUUUCUUAUGCCAACAAAAAGGCUUAAACCUUGCACUUGCCUCCUUCUCCUCCUCCUUCAUUCUAUAAUUCGUGAUCAAUCCCUCAAAAGAUUCAAACUUCGAUCACCCUUCUCCUUUCUCUAUUAUCGUUUCAAUCUCGGUCUUCCCAAUUCCUUCGUUUUGAUCCUUCAAUCUUUUUCUCCCUCUCAGUAUUUAGCCUUAAACCCUGAAUUUCCUUUCCUUUUUAGUGGUACUUAAUUAUUUGAUUUGAUUUGAUUAUAUAUAUAUUGUAUCAGAAAUUCAGAAUCAGCAUCAUUCUCUGGAAUUCGGCAAAGCCGUUGAAUCGGUUGAUAUCACUCUGAUUGCAUGUUUUGAAUUCUUGAUCUGACUUGUUCAGCAAGAACGCUUUUUUUUUGUCUUCUUCAAAGAAGAAAAGAAAAAUCGAAAUUUGAUAGAACAGUAUCAAAAUCUGUUCCGUGAUAAUUGAAAUUAUGAAUUUCCCUGAUAAUAUACAAACAUUCACGAUGUCACCGACGAGAUUCGCAUCAACGGAUGCCAUUGAUGUGAGGCUUCGUCAAGUUCCAAUGAACAAUGAAUCAUUGGACCUGCAUUCGCAUUUGGACCAAACCCCUUUGGCCAAGAGGCCAAGAACUUCAAUGGAGAACCUCAAUGAUUCGCCAAGGACGAUGAACACGGCAAACCCUGCAGGGAACAAAGGAACAAGCCACAUUUUCUACAAGACCAGAAUCUGCGCAAAGUUCCGGCUCGGAACCUGUAGGAACGGCGAGAACUGCAACUUUGCGCACGGCGCCGACGAUGUGAGGCAGCCACCACCUAACUGGCAAGAAAUUGUUGGAUUGAGAGGCAAUGACGAAAGGUCUUCAGGGAAUUGGGAUGAUGAUCACAAGAUCAUCCAUAAGAUGAAGCUAUGCAAGAAGUUUUACAAUGGUGAGGAGUGUCCUUAUGGUGAGAGGUGCAGUUUCCUUCAUGAGGAUCCUGGAAAGUUCCGGGAGGAUUCGAAUUCUGCGAGAUAUAGAGAUAGGGAGAGCUCAGUAAUAAGCAUAGGGACUACUAGUGGUUCACCACCAAAGGGUUAUGGUGGUGGUGAUGGUGGUGGCUCUAGGUGUAAUAGUUCAGAAGGUUGUGGUAAUAAUAGGGCUGUGAACAAUGGUAAUGGUGGUGCGGCUGGGUUGAAUGUUUCCAGGGGUUCUUCCAAGGGUACUUAUUGGAAGACUAAGCUUUGUAUCAAGUGGGAGACUACAGGGCACUGUCCUUUUGGUGGGGACUGUCACUUUGCCCAUGGACAAGCAGAGUUGCAAGCUCCUGGUGGACGCGCUGAAGCAGAAGUUGUUGGAGCUAUUUCAGCUUCGACAAAGUCUGCCGUUCCAAAUUUACCAAAUGUUAUAUCAUCAGUUCAUGCCAAUGAAGUGCACCCGAGCAACACGGCAAGUGUACCUCCGGCGAAUGAAGACGGGCAGGGUAACAAAUCUCUGCUCAAGUGGAAAGGAUUUAAGAAGAUCAAUCGGAUUUACGGUGAUUGGCUCGAUGAUUUCCCACUUGUGCACAACUUGCCAAGUAGAGUGGAGACCUGAGUUUGACUUUGUGCUGUUUGAAUAUAGCCAAUUGUUGGACUAGGAUACUGAAAACCAUGGUCACUGAUUGUUGGUGAUCAAUUCAUAGUUUUUUUUUUUUAUUCUUAAUAUUUCUUUGUGUCUGGUAAAAUUGUUUUGUGUUUGCAGUUUUCUUGUUAGAGAUGUCCAAUUGUAAGUACAUCUCAGGAUCUUGAUGGAAACAAGUCUUUUAGGACCUUUUUGUGGGUUUGAGGUUUAGGUAUUCAGCAAUUGUCAAAUUCUGAACCCACAUCCAGGCCAUAAAUUUUGAUUCAAGUGUUAAAACUAUAUACUGUAGUUUGCUUCUAUUCUUAUAUUAAAUGUGAUUAUCUGUUAUUUUGAUUGUU